CGGAUGUGUGAAGCGAUGUAUUGUGGGUAACUUGACGCGUGAGUGUUUCCUGUUCCCUGUCGGUCCCGUGUCAGUAGAACACAGUAGAGAACCAGUGUUCCCAGUACAGCCAGUACUCAAGCAGCGGCUCGGUGGGUCACGGAGGGUACGGGACGCCGGAGGUUCCGUUAACUCAGCGGGACGGACGGCGGGAAGAUGGCGAAGACGUACGACUAUCUGUUCAAACUGCUGCUGAUCGGUGACAGCGGCGUCGGAAAGACCUGCCUGCUGUUCCGGUUCAGCGAGGACGCCUUCAACACCACCUUCAUCUCCACCAUCGGAAUCGACUUUAAAAUCAGGACAAUCGAGCUUGAUGGGAAGAAGAUCAAACUGCAGAUAUGGGACACAGCAGGUCAGGAGAGGUUCAGGACCAUCACCACAGCCUAUUACAGGGGAGCCAUGGGCAUCAUGCUGGUGUAUGACAUCACUAACGAGAAGUCCUUCGAUAACAUCAGGAACUGGAUACGCAACAUUGAGGAGCACGCGUCUUCAGACGUGGAGAGAAUGGUUCUGGGAAACAAAUGUGACAUGAAUGACAAGAGACAAGUGUCCAAGGAGAGAGGAGAGAAGCUGGCAAUCGAUUAUGGUAUCAAGUUUUUAGAAACCAGUGCAAAGUCCAGCAUCAACGUGGAGGAGGCCUUUUUCACUCUGGGCAGAGAUAUCAUGACCAGACUGAACAGGAAAAUGCAGAAUGACAACAACCCUUCAGCUGGAGGUGGACCUGUUAAAAUCACUGAGCCUGGCUCUAAAAAGAGCUUCUUCAGGUGUUUGCUGCUGUAGGCGGAGCCUGCUGCUCCUCUCCCUGCUGCAGGAGGACCAGAAACAAACCUGUGGACACAUGAAGAAGAAAAUGUGUCUAGGAAAGUCUGUCUGCUUCUCACAGCAGUCAUCCUUGCUAAUGGAGGAAGAGCAGAGGAGAAUUGCUUUUUAAUUUGACCAAAGCUGGUGUGGAGUCAUGGGGAUGUCUCACUCUGUUACACAUUAGUUUCUUGAAAUGUUGCAGCAGCACAUUAAUUUACACAUAAUGUUACGUGUGAAACUUUUUGUCUUGAUUUUUCAAACCAGUCACAAACAUGUCUUAAAUGAAGAAGCACUGAAAUGGUUCUGUUGGUGCCUCUUUAAAAAACUACCUAUAAAUAUGAAACAUAUAUAAAAUAUACAGAUGGUGUCUAUGAAUCCAAUGUGUGAUGUUUUGUCUUAAUAACCUCGUCUGACAAAGUUUCCAUUUUGAUGUAGAAACAUGACUUGUUCUGACUGAGGUGAAGAUGUCAGAUGGUGACUCGUUCACUGUUUUACAUGAAGUUAUUAAUUAACACAGUUCUUUUGGUUUUUCUAUACUUUUGUAUUUUCUUUGAAACCACUCGACGUUCAGUCAGCAGUGAUCAUUAUCAGGACACUGAUCCUGUCUGCAGUGUUUACAGCCUCAGUGUUAUUAAUGUCACAACAAACUGCUUUAACAAUCAAAACCCAUCACUCAUCAAUACUCAAGUGACUUUUAUAGUUAUUUCUGUUUCAUAAAGGAAACUUUAAUUUAAUUCUGUUUAAAUUUAUGAAAACAAUCAGAACUAAUUUGAACACAAUCAGCUGCCAUAGUUAAUGAUUUAAUAAUCAAUAACUGAUGCUGAGCUGUUAGAAUCAUUCCGUCACCUCAUUGUUUGUUUUGUCUGUGAAUUCUGUUUAAACUGAUGUUUUUUUACUCUGCAGCACUUUGUAACUCUGCUAAAACAUGGCUAUGCAAAAAAUAUACAUUAUUAUUAUUA